AUGCCCUCAGAGCUCCAUCGAACUGGUACAUGGCACAUACUACCGUCAUCGUCCUCUGACAUCUCAGCCCUGUUGGAGAACACGAGCGCAGGCGAAGGAAGGCAGUGGGAGGUCAUCACUUCCAGCGGCUUUCUGUCUCGAGCAGCGAGCGAUCGUGGCAGUCCGCGCAGCGAAACAUCUGAGGACGUUUACGAAGGGCCUAUGGUUGUGGAGAAAGAGGCUUUGGAGGUCGUGCCGAGCAGAUGUGCUGUGGAUUCGGCUCCAACGUCAGCACCUCCAGUACUACGAACACCGCUCUCUCAAUUGCUGCGUAAUGAAGCGCACGUUUCACAGCACGCACCUGCCGGUCGCACCUUCAUGACAGGGCCCAGGUUUGCAGACGAACGUCCUGGGCGCGCGACCACGAUACCCACUACCCGCCAUAGAUUUCCCUUACUCCGCCCUGUCGCAGAUGGGGCCGGCUUUCACGUUCAAGGUGAAGGAUGCGACGAUGACACCGACUCUAGUCUUUGCGCCGAUGAUGAUUGCCUCAGCGCGUCGUCCAUUUCCACGGACCUCGUGCCCGUAUCAUCUUUUCUCGCCGAGUCGCACGCAAAUGAAGUGCAACUUGAAGUCGACCAGCCUCACUUGCCCUAUUCUUACAGUCAAUUGGGAGCCGCUUGUCCAGAGACGUCGCUUUCGACACAAAGGGUUGCAACUUCUCCUCGUGGGCUUUCCCCGGCGGUCCCACUACCUCCUACUAUUACCAGAACCUUCCCCUCACCGGUUGUCGCUGCACCCGAUGUCUCUGUUGACGACACUUCUUCCGGGCAAAGCCAAGUGUCGGUGCCGAAUAGUCUUCAGGCAGCAGAUAGGGGUAACCUUCCCAUGCGACGAGAGCGCAACCCUGACGCAGAAGGUCGACAUAAUAUGCCUGCAAGCGGUGCUCGGGGCCUUACCAUGCGAGCAUACCCUACCGAACUGAUCUCUCUUGCACGCGCACGACCCUCGUCGGCCCCGCCCGUCGGGUUGACCGUCGCGCGGCUAUGCACUCCCACCCUCGGUUCGUCGAGGCCAGUCUCGGCGUUAGAACCGCCUGACGCAACGACGUUGGCCGCUCGGAACAAGGGAAACGGGAGACAUGCCUCGCGCGGUGCCAAUGGUCAGCCUCCCGCCGAGGCCCGUCUUGCUGCCAUCAGAGACUGGGAGCUUUACCGGAACUGCUCAAAUUUCCGCAAAGGCCGCGAAGAGGGCCAGACGAUCUGGUACAAAGUGGACUUGCCUUUCGCCGUCGAUCAGCCACCGGCGUCUCUCGAAGCAUCCCAAGGAGACCUUUUCAUCCACGUUGACACACGCACGAAGAAGUCGCGCAUGUGGCUAUGUGGCACGCAGGGACAGUGGGAAGCAGCGCAGGUAGGAGUACCACAUCCUCGGUACAGAAAUCGGCGCCUCCACGUCAAGGCGGAUGGCGAACCCAGCUGGGUCACUCGAGAGACCUUCAUUGUGUAUGGCAGCAAGAGAAAGAAAGAGCGGCAACAUGACGCCGAGGCAGAGCUACUACGUCGAGCAGGUAUAAGAGGGAUUUCGUGGGCAGCCGAGGACAUCGAGGCCGCCUUCGACGAGAACCCCCAGCGUGCGUGCACCCUCCGGGCGGGGCCCUGUGGCGGCGCCCACCUCGCUCGCGCGCCGCCGAAGCCACACGUUCUGCUGCCUCGUUCGACUUCUACUGCGCCGCUCGAUUCUCCCGCACCCUCGCCUUUCCCCGCACCCUUGCUGCCUGCCCGCGCAUCCUCACCUUGUCCUCGCACCCUCGCGAGGUCGCCCGCCGCGCGCAAUGCUCGCGCGCACAACGCGGCUGCCAGAAGUCACACCCCCAUCCCGGCGCUCCCAGAACGCGCCCGGCUGCCCUCGCAGUUCCUUCGCCCUCAGGUACUGCGCCCGCCUCCGAAGACGAGAUUGUUUGGUGGACAGGGUACGAACGAGGUCUACUUCGACGAGCUGCAAUCGCGUUACGACACGCACACGCCUUGGUCUCGCCUUUCCUCCUCGCUUCGGAGGUACUUCGCCCUCUCGUCCGCGGUGGCUGGUGCUGCGCUGCGCCCCCCUAUUGCGCACCUCGUGUCCGCCCCCGCAUCACUACCCCCCAUCGGGCUCGCGCAGCUCACCCAAUACCUGAUCACUCGCCGCGUCGCGCGUAUCGACCCCGGCGAGAUGCGCGAGAAGCUCCAAGAUGCGACCGGUCACUCCCAAGGCGCCGUCUCUGCCGCUGCCGUCGCGGCCUCGAGAAGCCUCGAGUCGUAA